ACACUGAGCGAGAGGCAGCUGGUGGCUGCCACGGCCCAGACCCCCCUGACGUGGCUCUGCCAUCCCAGCCCCUACCUCUAUAGUGGACCUCAACCAGCCCCAGCCAGCAUGACCCUGGAGUUCGUGGCUGUCCUCUCAAAAGAGCUGAAGCUGGAGGCAGGCUCUGAGGUCUGUGUGGUCUUCCACAAGGGACCUGGCUCCUGCCAGGAGUUCGCCAAGAUGAAGAAGACGAAAAGUGGCAGGUUGCUGAUAGGCAGUGCCAGCAUCCCCCUGGCCGACCUGCGGGGACAGCCUGUCCACUACAGAUAUGCCAUCGUCAACCUCAGGGACCUCAUAGGCCAGGCCAGAAGCUGCCAACUGGAGGAACUUUCUGGAGACAACCUGAAUGUUCAGGGCAAGAGAGGUCCCUUCUACCGUGUCCUGGCUGUACCCCCAGAGGAGAUCAAAGCAGAGGGAACCUGGACCUUCUUUGAGCACAUUGAGUGCAGCUUUCCCGACAGCAGCUCCAAGUUCUCCAACAUCUUGUCCAAGGCCUCCAGUGGUAAGCUCCAGAUGGAGCAUCUGGUGAGUGAGUUCCAGGCUCCCCCCACCUCGAGCUCCCUUGAGAAGAUGGAGAGGAGACUUGAGAGCUUCAGCCUCAGCUGCAGGAUCUGUCUCUGGGACAUGGACAGAGAAGAAGAAGUUUUGCUCUACCACAGCAUGGAGAAGGUGAGGAGCAGUAUCAGCCACUUCCUAGAAGGGAUCAUCAAGCACCCCAAGCCAAAGAAGCAGCAAGGACUGCUCAGGAUCCUGUUUGCCAUCCACAUCUCCAUUAAGUUCAAGAUCGACCUCCCAGCAGACUCCAUCUCCGAGGCUGAAGAUGGCCUCCAGGACCUCAUCUUCACUGAGGACACAUAUAAAGAGCUGAGAAGGAAAAGCAAGUACUUUGCAGCUCUGAGGGAGAUGUGUCUCAGCACCACUCAGGGCACCUUCUGGAUCUGGCUGGUGCCACUGCUCUACGCCAUGGAGGAGGAGACAGGAAAGGAUCCUCUUCCCCAAACAGACCUUCCACGAGGAAUCUUCAUCCGCCUCAGGCAAGAGAAAGAGAAGCAAAGAAAAAUCCAGAAGAUGAUAGCUGCUCACAAGACCUUGAUUGAAAGGUGCUCUCCACUGGCCAAUAUGGUGCUGCUGAUGGUCCCCAUGAAGAGUUUCUCCAAGGGUGCUUUGCCUGGCAUUCACCUUCCACUCCAGCUCCUCCUGAAGACCAUCUACAUACGCAUCAUAGAGAGCAAAGGAAGCUCUUGGCAAGUGCCUGAGAAGCAUUUGAACCUGGCUUUGGAGAACACUGUCUCCAGGAUGGACACCUGGCUGAAGAACCUGUGCCCAUUGAGCUCUUCAAAGCCACUGCUUAGUCCCGAGCUGGAGGAUGAGAUCUUUGACUGUCUGAACAUCAUCUAUGUCUUGUUGAUGCAGUUCCUGAAGGACCAGAUGUCCUUCUGCACCAUCAUGGCCAUGCUGAAGAUGCUUGAGGUAUAUAAUGGCCAAGAGGACUUCCUGCAAGCCAGCAAGGGGUCAGGACUGGGGCCAGACCUGGUCAGCAUCUUCAGCAACAACCUGGAUGAGGGCACAGGAGACCUUGGACAGGCUGAGGGCUGGGCAGAGAGGAACAUGGAGAGGCACAAGCAGGACAAGUGGAGGGUCCUGCCCCUGGGGAGCAGCCACCCCCUGGGCUGGCAGAGGGGAGGAGUUGCCCUGCUGGGAAGCAGCUCCACGGAGGGGAAAGUGGUGGACACCAAGCUGGCCAUGAGCCAGCAAGGUGUCCUCGUGGCCAAGAAGGCAAAUGGUCUCCUGGGGGGCACGAAGAAGAGUGUGGGCAGCAGGUGA